AUGACUGAAACUCGGUCAUCCAUCAAAAAUCUUGAAAUGCAAGUGGGUAAAUUGGAAAAUAUGUUACAAAGUAGACCUCAAGGAAAUUUUCCAAGUAAUAUCGAAACGAAUCCUAAGGAGCAGUGCAAUGCAAUCUCCUUGAGGAGCAGUAAGGAGGUUGUAGAGCCAGUUGAGAAAUCUAGUCUUCCAUCAAAAAUGGAGUAUGAGAAGAAGAAUAAAAUGGAUGAAGAGGUUAAUGAGAACCUUGAGAAGAAGAAUCUAGAAAUAAGUAUUGAGCAUCACAUCAAGGUCCCAUAUCCUCAGAGGCUGGAAAAGAAGACGCUUGACAACCAGUUUUUCAAGUUUUUAGAUAUUUUUCAAAAACUUCACAUCAACAUUCACUUUGCAGAAGCCUUAGAACAAAUGUCGAGUUAUGUGAAGUUCAUGAAGGAAAUCUUGUCGAAGAAAAGGAAAUUGGAGGAUUAUGAGACAGUGGCACUUAUUGCGAAGUGCAUCGCAAUACUCCAAAAGAAACUACCUCCUAAGUUUAAAGAUUCAGGUAGUUUUACCAUUCCUUGCACUAUAGGGAAUGUGGUUUUUGAGAAGGCAUUAUGUGAUUUAGGGGAAGGUGUGAAUCUGAAUCCUCUAUCUAUCUAUAAAAAAUUAAAAUUGGGAGAAGCUCGCCCUACUACUGCGUCAUUACAAAUGGCUGAUCGUUCAGUGAAGCACCCAAGAGGAGGUGGUAGUAAGGUGGAAGUUACUAAGAGAAAGGUCAUUGCUCAAGUUGGUAGUCAAACAGUGCGUCAUUGUUUGAAAAGGUUCGUUAGUGGGAAAGCUUAA